AUGAGCUCAUCUUUCCCAUCUGUCCCAGCGGGUACUACCCACCUCACACUCAACACCGGCGCUAAGAUUCCUGUUGUGGGCUUGGGCACAUGGCAGGCCAAGCCUGGAGAGGUCGCUGCUGCCGUUGAGACUGCACUGAAGGCCGGCUACCGUCAUCUCGAUGGCGCUUGGGCAUACGAUAACGAGACCGAGGUCGGUCAAGGUAUCAAGAACUCUGGUGUUCCUCGCUCAGAGAUCUUCCUCACCACUAAGCUCUGGGGUACCUUCCACCGCAACCCGCUAGAGAACCUUAACGACUCACUCUCCCGUCUAGGCGUCGACUAUGUUGACCUCUGGCAGAUGCACUGGCCCGUCGCUAUGCCUUCUGGACAGGGUAAGAUCCCCGUCAACGAGGAUGGCAGUCGUAAGAUUGACUUUGAUCGCAACUUUACCGAGACGUGGAAGGACAUGGAGAAGAUCCUCAAUGAUGGCAGUGGCAAAGUGCGCGCCAUUGGUGUGUCCAACGUCUCUAUUCCUCGUCUGGAAGAACUCCUGGCGGAAGCUUCAGUCGUGCCAGCAGCGAAUCAGAUCGAGCUGCAUCCUUAUCUCCCUCAGCACGAUCUUGUGCGCUUCUGCCAGUCUAAGGGCAUCACACCUCAGGCCUACUCGCCGCUAGGGUCGACUGACUCACCGCUGUUGCAGGAGCCCGUGAUCACCAAGAUUGCUCAAGCGCAUGGUGUGCAGCCAGCUCAGAUCAUCAUUUCUUGGGGCGCACAGAGGGGAGUCACCGUUCUCCCCAAGUCUGUCACUCCUUCUAGGAUCGAGGCCAAUGCCAAGCUGGUCCACCUGAGUGCAGAGGAGAUGAAGGAAAUCGAUGAGCUGAGCUCGCAGGAGGGGAAGAAGAAGAGGUUCAUCAAGCCUACUUGGGGCGGGUGGGACCUCAAGUUCGAUGACUGGAAGUAG